AUGCUCUUCAAAUCACAUGAGACAUUGACCGCAGUUAGUAAAUGGAUCCUGGAGAAUCGUCUUGAUCCUGAUAGCGUUGAUCGAGUAGCUGUAGCCGAGUAUCUUCACUCUGCUACUGACGGUCAUCCGGGAAUGGUUGGAUUAAUUUUGGGUUGUUUUGAAAUGUUGAUUUCACAGAAUAUCCAAAAACAUCGAAGAUGGUCGCCAGACUUCUGUCAUGAGAUCCUUGUCGAGCAUGAUUUCCUACUGGAAUUUCUUACUCAAUGGGGCAGAGGCGUUUGGACAGUCGUAGGAGAGAAACACCUGAAAAACUAUUUGACACGUUCUCCAUCUUGCAGCCAUCUCAAAUAUUCGGAUGUUACAGAUGCAUUGCGUAAAGUAGCGAGACUACCCAAUGGCUACACAGAGUCAGGAAUGAAUGAAACGGAUGCAUUAGCAUUUUUUUAUAAAAUGGGAUUCCUACACGCAGAGUAUCUUAAGCAUGGAAGUAGCGAAGUCACCUAUAUUUUUGCUUCUCCAAUACAUAGAAGAAUCGCAUAUCGACGUCUCAUUCCAGGUCCGCCAGCAGGAACCAGUUCAGAUACAACCGCCCUUCAGCAAGCUUGUCUGAACGCCAUUGAAAGAUUUAGCCCAUCUAUUCUGCAUCAUCGCUCUCCCUCGUCAAAUACUAGUCGCCAGUCCAAUACUAAUUGGGGUAUUCCAGAGGCAGCACUGCAGGAUGAGAUGUAUUUUUGCCUUAGCCAGGAGCUUCACAAUAUACCGAUUUUGUCAGAAUAUGUUGAAACAAAGGAUGGACGAAUCGAUUUCUUUAUCUUUGGCAAAAAAGGGGGUAUUGAGAUACUUCAAUCUGGCAACAAUGGAAGACUAGAAGAACAUGUAGAUAGAUUUAAAGCUGGAGAGAAGUAUCACAAAUGGGGUAUUGUCGAAGAUUACAUUAUUCUUAACUUUUGUUCGAAGUCUUCUCUUGAUGCACUUAAAAUCAAAGAUAUUGGUACGCAAUCGCAUAUUCGACAUGUUGUCAUUGAUGCAAAUGAGCGCAUCACGCAAGUAUACACAUAUGACAAGCAGCUGCAAACAAUCCUGAACCUGGGCGAGGGAAGAACCAGGUCUCACUCACCUGAAGAGCAGACAUCUUCUGGGGAGUCGGAUAUUUACAUGACUUUGCGAGAUCGAGAGAUAGAAUUGGAGCAAGUGAAGGAGGAGGCGCUGAGAAAAAUAAACCAAUUGCAGCUACAGCUUGGGAAAAGAUGA